CGGGGCGAUGAAGGUCGACAUCUCGUUCCUGUGGCAGACGCAAAAAUCGAACAGUGUGCGCUCGGCGAGCGCGCGACUGACGUUUGUAACGUUGUAACGGAUCUGUCACGGCAUUACGUCGACGACGACGACGACGACGUCGACGUCGGGCAGUAAAUAACGGCCCCCGCGGACUGUCCGGAGGCCCGAGCUUUGGCGGCAAAUUGUCCUGAUCUUCCCCGCGACCGGAGAUUCCACCGAUCAUCGUCGAGGUCGUGCCUCCCGCACUGCACCGAUCGUCUACUCCCGCCAGACACACAUGAUUACCGUGAAAACGUGUAAUUAAAAGGCGAGUUAGAAAGCGAGCACACGAGCAUGACCAGUUGUGAAGAAGAGUGUAUUUUAUUACACUCUGGUGUGGGCACCGUGGAUUGAAUAUACACAGCCUGUCGCAUUUAGUUGGUUUCGCUGCUACGAUAGUUUUACUCAAAUUUGAUGAAACAUACAUGAAUUAUGAACAUAUAGAAGAAAUUGAAAAUUGCAAUAUGCAAGACUCAUGAUGGCUGAAGAUCUAUUGUGAAAUAUCACAUUUAUUUGGAAAAGAAAAAAAUAUACAGUGACAACAUGUUUGGUUGUUCCAGAGAGGCUGUGCGCGUCAAAGUGAAGAAGUGUGAAACCAGACACCAACCUGAAUACCGGAAAUUUAGUGUAGAUCCUCAAAUAACAUCAAUAGAAGUAUUACAGAGUAUUCUCAUCAAAGCUUUUGACAUAAAAGGGGAAUUUACCGUUUCGUAUCGAGCGAUCGAUGACUAUGGCUCUGAAACAUACCUGUUCUUACUUUCGGACUGGGACUUGGACGCAGCGUUUAUCAGCGCGUCUGAGCCAUACCUCUACUUACAAGUAAAUCUAAAACCUUUUGGUGAAACUGGAGACUGCGAGUGUUACUGGGAGCAAAAUGUACAAGAAGUUUCGACACGUCAGCAGGAAACUGGGUUUCCUUACAAAACGCCAAAACUGCCUGGUCUUAUCAUGAAUAAGUUGUUUGGUGUAUCCUAUCUCCCGUUUAAUUUUUCGUCACAGAUGGAAAGAACGCUAAAUAUGGUGCAACGUGCAUUGGGUAACUUGGGCGAGGAAUCGUCUCAUCAGCAAAAUGUUCAUCCUCCUCGACCGCCGUUAACAGACGCCGAGUUUCGCCGAUUUUUGGAUCCAAUCGGCCAAGUGGUGCACUCCAAGGAUUUGAGGGCUGUUAUCUAUUUUGGCGGAAUCGAACCCAGCCUGCGUAAAGUGGUCUGGAAACAUAUUCUGAAUGUGUAUCCGGAAGGGAUGUCGGGUCGCGAGCGGAUGGAUUACAUGAAGCGAAAGGCGCAGGAAUAUCAGAAUUUACGCGAACGGUGGCGCGUGCUGGUGCAAAAGGGUCAGAACGUCGGCGAUCUCGGCUACGUUACCGGUAUGGUAAGGAAGGACGUCCUCAGAACGGAUAGGCAUCACAAAUUUUACGGCGGCUCAGACGACAAUCAGAACACGGCGAGUCUUUUCAACAUUUUGACAACGUACGCUUUAAAUCACCCGAGUGUAAGUUACUGCCAGGGCAUGAGCGACUUGGCCUCGCCCCUUCUCGUCACGAUGCGAGACGAAGCUCAAGCCUAUAUUUGCCUCUGCGCUCUAAUGAGAAGAUUGAAGGAUAAUUUUAUGCUCGACGGUAUCGCUAUGACCAUCAAAUUUGCUCAUCUUGCAGAAGGUCUUCAGCACUACGACCCCGACUUUUAUGCGUACUUAAAGUCCCAUCAAGCGGACGAUCUACUAUUUUGCUACCGUUGGCUGUUGUUGGAAAUGAAGCGUGAGUUCGCACUGGAUGAUGCGCUUAGAAUGCUCGAGGUUCUGUGGGCUGCUUUGCCGGCAUCACCGCCAACCGGCGAGCUGAGUCUUGCCGAGGUGCCUUUUCCGCCACCGUCACCGCCGCCGAGUCCAAACGUGAAGCACAUCCGUGAGAACGCGUAUACUAAGGUCUGCGCUAUCAGACGACAAAGUUCCUCGGCCAGUAUCGCCGCUAGCAUAAAACGGAAAACCCUCAGCAUGGAGGACUCGACUCAACAAUCAGCUACCGAGAUUAAUGGAGAAACGAAAAGAUCCAACUCGCCGUACGAAGCGUUUUCUGACUCGGAAAACGAUUUCACGAGUACAAAAAACAAGAAGAAUACAGAGUCGACGGAAAAGUGCCUAAGUACAGAUUCUAUUCCAGUUAAAUCGAAACGUUCGAAUCUUCUCGAAUUGAAAGACAGGUUGUCUUCUAACAAAGAAAUUAAAAACAGUGAGCAAAGCGAUAAUUCUGAGAAGAAAUGUGCGCGAGUGGUAAAAAAUCUGAACGAAUUCUUGAAUUUCACUAGCCUUAAUCGUAGCAAAGUUACGCCAAGCGAUGCCGAGCCUGAACUCAGACGUGUCUCGAGCGAAAGCGGCGUCAUCAGAGUGUUGAGGGACGAACCAAGCUCGCCGGACGAUUCCACGGAUUUUUUUCCGAUGACUACGUCGAUGACCAGAGAAUUAAGACUGGAAUUGGAAUCGUUGGAUCGACAAGUGUUUGGACUUUCGCCGCCUAGCGAGCUACAGUGCGAUUGUGUACUCUCGAAAAGAGAAAGUGACUUACCGGAGAGCGAAACCGAAACGGAAUUGGCGAGAUGCAGUCCAGCGGCGGAUGUCUUCGUAUGGGAGAAUCCGUUACACACAUUACAACAAAAGCAUCAUCCUACGACUCCAGACGAGCAGGCGGAAUUGGAGUACGACGGUGAAAUUUUGGAAGAUCAGAACGGUGUAAAAUCCGUUACGCCGAUCAGAUUGCUCAAAUGUACCACCAGGUCCGAGUCGGCUUCAGACAGCGAAGGAACCGAGAGUUGGCAUCAAAAUCCGCCUGUAUCGGAGAGUCCGACAAAGCAGCAGCAGCAACAGUCUAUUCAAGAGCAAUGCGAGGAAGUGACUGAACUGACCAAUCUCAUACCUGCGGGAACGAGCGAGGAUCAGCUGGGUGAAAACUCCUUGCCCCCUCCGCACGAAUUCGGCGGCGGCAACCCCUUUUUGAUGUUCCUAUGUAUCACCCUUCUGCUGCAGCACCGAGACUUUGUUAUGCGCAAUCAGAUGGAUUACAACGAGAUGGCGAUGCACUUUGACAAGAUGAUUCGCCGUCACAAUGUGAUCCGUGUGCUUAAUCAGGCGAGACAACUAUUCGCCGGCUAUCUUAGAAGACAUUCAGCCUCGUCCUCGGCCGGCUCGAUUUCUACUGGCAAGCCGGACUGUGUAAAUGUAUAACUCUUUCCAAAAUUUUUUCUCUCAAAAAAUUAUUAAGUCACAAUCACAGGCGACCUGAAAUUUAAGAAUUAUUUCAGUCGAUACAUUGGAUUACAUAUCACGAAAAUUAUGUCAUCGAUUAACAUUCCGAGGAAUUAAGAGAACUCGAAUUUGUUCUAUUACGAUGCUCUUCCGCUCGUGACAUUUGCGAGAUGUUCGCUGUGAAUUUACAGUCGCAUUGCAUAAGCAAUAUCUCUGAUUAAUCAUUCUUUUCUCUACCUUCCUUUUUUCAAUAUAUAUAUUAAAUUAUUAAGUAAAAAUUAUAUAAAUUGAAAAUAAAUCCAAAUUCAAACAACGAAUAAAUGACCAAUACGUAACACGAAAGCAAUAAAGUGUAAUGUAUCUACGUUGCAUAAGAAUCUUGAAAGAAGUAUUGUUUUUCAUAAGUGUAUAAUUUUUCCAAAACCGAGAAAAGAGAGAAUUGAUCAGAGAUAAAGCUCCAGCCCGUACUACUGUUUUACAGCAUCUGCAAGACUUUUCUCAUAUUUCGCAUAAAAGAAUAGAAAAGGAUGGACUAGGAUUCUAUUCGGGAAGCUCUCAAGAGACAACGAUUGGAAGUGUUUUAGUUAUCCCACAAAUGGCACGCGUAGUUACCAUUCUAUCGUAACAUUAUUGCACAAUAUCAUGCAUACGCGUCAACAAACUCUCUUUCUCUGUAUCUUAUAGAAUUAAGUCCUUAGCUUAACGUGCUCAAGAGUGAUCGCGUCUCUUCGAAUACGUUAAAUAUGUAAAAUACAUCUAUAUUCUAUCCUAACAAAGCUGAAUCUUACUUUGUUCUUAAACAGUAUAUGCUUGGAAAACGACAAUAAAAUGCAUUUAAUUUUA